UACACCCGGUUUCAGUACUACCGGUUUUUCGAAUAUGAUUUUACCUUGAACUCAAUUUCUCACGAUGAAGCGGGGACUGUUUAGCAGAACAGCAGUUUUGUAGUUUUCGCGACUUUAGUGUGUCUUAACGCAGUUGAGCAACUCAUUCAACCUCAAGACUGAAACUCCAAUCGUUCAGCUCAUGUUGUCGUUCAAAGGAAAUUCAGGAUGACCGACUCGUUUUUUGACUUUGACGCUGCACUGCCGGCUGAUGAAGGGCCACCCCAUGGCUUAGAAGAAGACGAAUAUGAUGCCCUAAACGAUGAAACUUUUGGUGCUGAGACAGAGUGGCAUGAAGACGAAUGGGAAAACAAUCACGAACAGCUCGCUGGUCACUCUGGAGUUACCAAAAGCAAGGAAUCGUUUCUCCAGCAGCCAGAUGACGAUGACGAAGAAGGUCUUGUGUCGGGUUCAGCUGCAGCGCAACUUGAAGCCAGACUUAGUGAAAUCAUCCUGGACGAUGAAUCUCCAAGCAAACACAAGGCAAACAUUGCUAUGCCCCCCGGCUUCUGGCCGCCUAUCCCAAAUUUGCAGCAGAAACAAGCUGCAAGGGCAGCAGGCAACUUUCCAAACGCUAAUCCACCUGCCAUUUUUAACCAGCUGGCUGCAAUGGGACAGCAUUUUCCUCAGCAGCAACAGCAACCACCACCUCCUAGACCAACUCAAAUGGUAACAGUUAGAACUGUGGAGGACCUUGAAAGGGAUCUUCGAGCAAAAUCCCAAGCCCAAUUGCAUCAGCAACAACACCGUGAUGGAAGUCCGUUGCACAGAGAAGGUCCAAAAGGUCCCAUGGAUGCUAACCAGUUAAUUGAGAUGCUUAGGGUAAUGGGAACAAUGCCAGAAAACAGACCGCAAGGUCCGCCCCAAGGUCACCCCAAUCCUGAUAUUGUUCUAAGACUGGCACAGAACCAAGGUAAACCGAUGAUGCACCAGCCACCCCCACCACCCAAUGGAGCGAUGAUGCUGCCACCAGGGAUGAGACAUCCCCACCCGCCACCAGGAAUGCACCACCGACUGCCGAUGAAUAUGUAUCCACCAAACUUUCCCCCACAUCUGCGGAUGAGAGGAGAGAUGCCGCCGAUGCCCUGGAUGAACCAGCCCCCAAUGCCGAUGCACAUGAUGCACCAGCCACCGCCUGGAAUGCACCCUCACCACCAGGCUCAAAUGAUGAGUCAGCAGCACCACAUGAUGAUGCAGCAGCAUCAUCAACUCCAGCAGCAGGCUAGGCAAAACGGGUCGCACGACCCGUACGCAGGGUUGAUGACGCCGAAAGACAAGCAAUGGUUGAUAAACAUACAAAUUUUGCAACUCAACUCGCAAAAGCCUUACGUGGACGACUUCUACUACACGGCAUUCCAGUUCAAGAAGCAGAGGGCCAAGGAAAAGGCUGGCGAACGCGGCUUGCGAUUGCAGAGGCGAGAGCAGCGCACCCUGGAGCCUCGAGCCUACACCCCGGCACAUUUUGAAGGCUCAUUGGGCAAGCUCCAGGUUGUAAGUGUGACCGCCCCAAGAAAAAUCAUCGACAUGGAAAUUAUGAAUUCGGAUAGUGCUGACGCUCAAACUCCAGUGAGAGACACUAGGAAAGUUAAGCAAGCCCUUCUAGAACUUGAAAGGCUGUAUGUUCUGGUAUUGCAAUUAGAAGAUUUAGAACAUCCAUUACCGGAAGCACAGCAAUCGGUGACGGAAUGCAAGGAGGAAAUAGUUUCUAAAAUUUUGAAUACUUUGAUACCUGCUGCUGGUGCUGAAGACAAAUUUCCCUCCCUGCUUUCUGUGCGAAAGGGCAAGGUCCUCCUUUUGCGAUUGUUUCCACAUUUACUGUAUUCUCAGCAAACGCCUCUCUGGCGCUCUCUCCUGCAAAAUUUUUGGAUAAUAUCUCGCAAAGACAUGCAAGACCAAGUACUGUUUGAAAUGUUCCCCGCUUUUCGCGAGUGGUGCGCUCAGGCAGUGCUGCCAAACCUAGUUGAAGUGAUCUCGGUGAUGCUUCCGCAGAAGUCCGAGGCCAACCCGUCGCCUAGCAAUAUUACUCCCAGAUCGCCCCUACCUGCAGCCUUAUCUAACAAAUUUGGCGUGUCCAUCAUUGCUUCGAUUAUCAACCGAGCUGGCGAGUUGGACGACAAUAGCUGCCCGCCGAAGACGCAUCCAGAUUGGCAGUCGUGGUCGCAGUUUGUGAGCACUGUCGCCGAAGUGUCCUGUGAGCUUGCAAUUGAGCCGAGCACUCCUCUGGACCCAUUAGCCAAGCCAAACUCACUAACGAGAUUUGUAGACAACAAGCAAAGUCAGACACUUCAAAGGCUGUUGCAAAUUGACAACAAACACGCUGCUUAAGCUAACAAUACUUGGCAGGCAUCAGAUAAGAUCAGCACUCUCUUGACAAAUUUAUAUUUUUUAAUGAUUUGGGAUUCAAGAGGAUGCAAUUUAGUUUUAUGACAAAAUCAGCGCUCAGUGUCCGCAAAUCUACUUCUUUUUAAAACGUUGAAUUUGUAUAUUUUCUUGCUUUUAAUGACAUGUGACUGUGAAGUUAAGCGUUUCUCUAAUUCUGUGUUGAUCUUAUUUGCAAUCAGCCAAUCUUUGAGUCCUGAUUGAAAACUAAUCGAGUGCCGAUUCAAUUGCAACAAAUUUGUUAAUUAGUAUGUAUACUGCAAGUUCAGCACUUAAAAGGAUUUUAUCAGGAUAGAGAACUUGGGAAAAGAACUUAUCCAUAAUAAUAUGUCCUUGUAUAUAGGUCAACAUAACAUGUUGAAUUCCUAUAUGAACGUGAUUAUGUCAUUUUAAACAUUUUUAAACUUCUUAAUUCACGCCAUCACUUAUGUUAGUAACAAAUACCCAGAGAAUUCAAAAGUAAUACAAAAAAUCAAACCAUUUUUGGAGACCUCAGCCAUUAUUUGUACUUUCAACCGUUUUUAACAUAUUGAUUUCUGACCAGAUUUUCUUCGGAAAACACCAGCCGUGUGUGGGUUUUUAGAACAAAGUAAAGUGGAUCGAAAACCAAGAGCUUGUUCUGGGGAGAGCAUAGCCAAAAAUCAAUAAAGUCAAAAAGAGCACUUUGAUUACAUUAGGUAUGUCUGCCACCUACCUAACCCUUAUUGCAGCAGCUGAGGCCUCUUAAUAAAGGAUAUGGUUUAGUUUUAAUAAAGUCUAUUAAGUAAUCAUGCAAA